CUGGCUUUGGGGUUUCGGUUUGUUUACGGUGCACGUGUUGCCCAAGAAGUCCAAUUCUGACUUAAAUAAGUGCACAACUAUAUCACAAAAAUGGACAGCGAAGCGGAUGACUACGAGAUGAGCGGCUCCGAGAAGGAGUACGACGAGGAGGAGCGCGAGAUUCUGGAGGAUCUGCGUAAGCAACGCAAAAAACGACAGGAACAGGAUCCCCGCCAAGAAGUUUUGGCCUUUAGCGACGAGGACGACGAUGAGGAUGAGGAUGAGGACGGGGAUGUGAAGGAACUGAUGCGCGACAGCGACAUCGAGGGAGCUGAGGAUGACGACGCCGAUCUGCCCAACACAAUGGACUGGGGUAGUAAACGAAGCACCUACUACAACACAGACUUUGUAGACCAGGACUACAGCAGCUACAAUGCUCAGGAGGAGGACCUGGCCCGCGCCGAGGAGGAUGAGGCCAAAAGAAUCCAGCUGCGUCUGGCCAAGCGGCUCAGCGAGGCGGAUUUCCAGUUGGACGACGUCAAGGCAGACAGCAGUGGCGAUGAAGAGGAUACGUCCGCCAGUAAGUCGGCUCCGGGCAUUAAAAUCACUACCGACCUGACAGGCCUUUCGGCACGUGAGCGACUCCAGCUUCUCCAGAAGGAUUCCCCAGAGUUCCUGGGGCUUACACAAGACUUUCAGAAGCAUCUAGAGGAGGUUAAAGAGCUGUUAACGCCAGUUUUGAACUAUGUAAGGAACCAUGGUGUGCCCAUGGUACCGCCCUUGAAGUUCGCCAGUCUCUACCACAACGUGCUCGCCACCUACUGUUCCAACGUAGCCUUCUACUUGCUUCUGAAGGCGCGACGCAGUAGCGUCAAGUUCCAUCCGGUGGCUAAGCGUCUCGUCCAGCUUAAGCAGCUAAGGGAUCAGUUGGCGCCGCGCUACGAGGAGUACAUACGGCCCCAGCUGGAGGCUCUGCUGGAAAGGAUUCAGGACGGAGAUGCCUUCACAGUUUUGGAUGUAUCCCAGCGCAAGGCCAAGCUUCAGAUCUUGAACAAAUACAGCAAUGGCGAGGUGGCCGCCAAUGAAUCGACCGAUGAUGAGGGUGCUACAAAACAAAGGAACGAUGGAGACCAACUGGAGGACGGCGGGGAAGAAGAUGAGGAUGAGGAGCCGGAUGAGGAAGACGCACGCCGUGGCAUCACCUACCAAAUGGCCAAAAACAAGGGUCUCACUCCCCACCGAAAGAAGGAACUACGCAAUCCGCGCGUCAAGCACCGCGGCAAGUACCGAAAGGCUCUUAUCCGGCGCAAGGGUGCAGUGCGCACGGUACGGAAGGAGGUUCAACGCUACGGAGGCGAGAUGUCCGGCAUCAAGGCAUCCGUCACCAAGAGUGUCAAGUUCCGUUCCUAGUAAUCCAGAUAGUCCACAUUUUAAUCAAAUAAAAAUCCAAAAAAUAUGUUUUA